UCCUAUUUUUUAUAUUACUUUUUCCACACAAAAAAUAUAUUUAUAUUAUGUAAGAUUUUUUCUUCAAGAUAAAAUAUAUAUUGUUAAAAAUAAAUAAGUUUAAUAAAAUCAUUGAUCAAGCAUUUUGAUAAAACAGAAUUUUAGUUAUAGCUCGAAGAAAAAGAUAGAAAACAUUAUAUGACUUGAAUAACUAAGUAUAUAUAAAAGUAGAUUAAAUUUAUAAACUACUUUUUUGAAAAUAACAUUUUCUUUAUCUGUUUUAUUAAUAUACUGAACCUACUUUUUAAAUAACUAGUAAAUUAUAUAAUGUUUUCUUUCUUUUUUACUAUUGCUAAAUAUUUAUAAAUCGAGCAUAAAACUAUUGUAGCAUUAAAGAUGUCGCAAUAAAGAUUUUCAUUUUCACUUACAAUCUACUCUUAAUAUAAUAAUUCAUUAUAAUUAGUAUGUCAUAUAAGUUAACUUUCCAAUUUCAGGAAUAAGUUUGCCAGUACAAUAAUGAUGCAGGCGUUCUCAUCCCUGUAUUGAAUUCUCAUCGAACGAACAAAAUGGCGUUAUCGAAUAAUUCCAUAUCCAGAAGUUACCACAGACUGUUCGUUGAAUUGGCUGAUCCCCGCACAAAUGAUUGGUUCCUAAUCACAAGUCCGCUACCUGGACUGAUCAUAAUCGGAUUAUACUUAUAUUUUGUAUUGAAAUGGGGGCCACGGUACAUGGCCGACAAGAAGCCCUUCCAGCUGCAAAAGACCCUUGUAGUGUACAACUUUCUCCAGGUGUUAGUCAGCUGUUGGCUAUUUUAUGAGGGUCUGGACGCUGGCUGGUUGAGAACUUACAGCUGGAAAUGUCAACCGGUCGACUUCUCCAGUAGUCCAGAAGCUAUGAGGGUAGCCCGUGGAGUAUACGUAUACUUCUUAGCUAAAAUAUCGGAGCUCCUCGACACAGUAUUCUUCGUGAUCAGGAAGAAAGAGAGACAGAUAACAUUCCUCCACAUGUACCACCACACGGUGAUGCCGAUGAUCUCGUGGGGCGCCACCAAGUACUACCCCGGCGGGCACGGCACCCUCAUCGGCGUCAUCAACUCCUUCGUCCACAUCAUCAUGUACUCGUACUACAUGCUCGCCGCCAUGGGACCUCAGUUCCACAAAUUCUUAUUUUGGAAACGACAUAUUACUACAUUACAGAUGCUUCAGUUCUGCAUAACAUUCUUGCAUUCAUCUCAACUCCUCUUCUAUGACUGCGGUUAUCCAAGAUGGUCGGUGCUCUUCACUCUUCCGAAUUCAAUAUUUUUCUACUAUCUUUUCUACGAUUUCUAUUACAAAGCCUAUGGUAAGCCUGGCGAUAAGAAAAAGGAAACUAAUACUAACGGAAAUAUUAAGAUGAACGGAAAAGAAACAGAUGUCUCUUUGGAUAAAAACCAAUAUAAAAUUACUAAUGGGAUCAAGCACGGUGAAGUUAGUAAUGGCAAAAAAGUUGAUUAAUAAUUUAAAAUUUAAAUGAAAAUGUAAAUAUUCACCAUCAUUAUUUAGGAUUACAGUAUUCAGGAUAAACAUACAUUGAUUGGAGUCUAAGUUACUCACAAUCAUUCGUAUAAUUAAACUAUAACGUUUAAACCUUAUGAUUGAUUGUUGAGUUUACGAAAAAAAAUGUUACAAGAAACUAUUCAUUGAUUUAAAAUUUAUUUAAUUUUAUCCAUGUAUCGUUUAGUCAAAUUAGUAAUAUGGCCUAAAGAUACAUCCUCCGAGUUUUGUAAGAAAAUUAUGGAUAAGUUGUGGACAUAUUAUUAUUCAAUCAUUGUAAGUUUGGGUAUUGGGUAAACUAAUGAAUAAGUGAUAUCUACGCAGUAGUUAUUAACCAGAGCGCUUAGUGUAAGUUUUUUUGAAGUUUACGUUCACUGUUGAUCGUGAGCGCGUUAAGAUUUUAGUAUGGAAUCCGGUUCAGCGCCCCUAGCGGUAACUACCAAGAAUUACAAAUCUCCAUACAAAUUCUUAACGCGCUCACUAGUGAACGCGUUAGCGUAAAACUUACACUUACCACUCUGCAUUCAAUUUAUAAUUCCAACUACAUACAACAAAUAUCUCAAUUGCCCAAUAAAUGAUACUUUUAAUAUUUUAUCCAUAGAUACAAUAGACUUGCACCAAGUAGAAUUUCAAUAUCCAGUAAAUUAUUUUAAUAGUGUUGUAAAAAAAAAUUAUUUACCAAUAUUAUACUUAAGGCGAAUGCUCAACUUUAAUAUGAAAUCGAUGUGUUUGUAGAAAUGCUUUAAUAAUAACAUUUAAUUUGUUAUCGUGUUACCAUUUUAGUUUUUUAACUUUUUUAUUAUGUAAAUGAUUGUAAAAUAAUUACUCAGUGUAUUUUUUUAGUUAAUUAUACAUUUGGUGUAGUAAGAUGUUUUUGAAAAUUUCGAAUUAUUAGCUUUUUAGAAUUGCAUUAGGUAUAUAAAAUAUCUGUCAUCCUUAAAUCUUCCAAAGCGAGAUACAGGACUCUCAGCAUAAUGUUAUAAGGUACAUAUUGAAGUAUAUAAUACUUAAUAUAUUGUUAGAAUAUUUUUAUCAUGUUUAUCGUCUAUCCAAUAAGUUCAUCAAACUAUGAUGACCUGUUUAGAAUAAUUAAUUUGUAAACAAAAAAAAAACAACAAAAACAAAUUGUCCAACCACAAGUAGAACUUCAUGAAAUAAAUGAGAAAUUGGAUUGCUAAAAUUGCUCGAAGCAAUGUAUGUAAAUAUAUUAUAUUAAACUUAAUGAAAGUUUAUGUCAAUUAUAAUCCGAUACAUAUAAAUGUUUUUUAAUUUAUAAGAACCCGUAUAAAACAAAUUUAUAUGUAAGGUUUAUUUUAUUGUUUUCGUUGGUAUAGUUUCAUAGUUCAUUUAUUUAUUUAUACCUAAAUACUUCAUAUUGAAAUUAGGUGUAACUGGUUAUUUGUAACUUUUCUGAUUCAGUUAAGGUAAAAAAUAUUAUUUAAAAAUUUUAUUAUUUUAGACUAAAUAUUUUUUAUAAACAAAUCAAAUGAUUUCAAAAUACGACGACAGGGUUGUGUCAUUAAAUUACAA